UGCCCAAUCUGUCGUGUUGGCAUCACUGUACCCAGAGAUGGUGCCACCGCGUUCCCUCCUGCCUUUAUUGUUAAUCAACUACUUGAUCUUCUUGCAAGCCAGCGUCGGGACUUGGUACCCAAAUGUAGACUUCAUCCAAGCCAGGAGCUACUAUUUUGUGAGACUUGUGACGUAGUAUUCUGCGCGGAUUGCCGUGGGCGUGGCCACGCUACUCAGCCAUGUGGUGGGAGCGAUGUCGCUGCUGCUGGAAGCUCAAUUGUCUUAGAUGAAAGUGGGAUUGAUGCUAGAACAAUCAUGCUUAACACUCUUUUGGGUACCUCUCGAUCAAGGGCUCUAGAGGAAGCUCCAUGUGGGAACACCAAUGCCAUGCCAGAAAACGGUAGCGCUGGUUCUAGCCAGGUUGGUGGUGCUGCCUUAAGCCACAAUGUGAUCAGCUUUAAUGUGGCUAUAAAGCGAUGCUCAGAAAUCCUGCUAUACAAGGCCCAUCUUUGUAUUCAAGAGUUAAAUAGUGCACAAGAAGCCGUCGCAGCGGAGCUUGAUCGCCUCACGGAGAAUAGAGAUCUAUGUGAAACUGUAAGAUUUUAA